GCCGCGACGGCCGCGUCUCGAGCCGCCAAGCGCGACAAAAAACGCGCCCGCGAGAUUUGACACACAAAAAAACGCUACACAUCAAUAAAAAAAUCAUAUAACACACAGCCCAGCAGUAUAAAUAAGUCGAGUGCCGCACGCGUGACCCGCACCGAGGAUACUCAGUUCUAUAAGGGUGGUGCCAAUGAUGGCUGGCUGGUAAACUAAGGAAGAGAGGUCUUGAGGCGCGGAUCUAAAGUCGAGCUUACACCAUGACGAAAAGGUUCGAGUUCAACUGGCAGAUCCCAGUCCCGGAACCAUUACUGCAGGGUGCUGUUUUCGACCGAUGGACUGAAGAAAAGGACAACACCGAGCUUGAACAGAACUGCACCUUCAAAGUAGAUGAAUAUGGAUUUUUCAUCUAUUGGAAAAGUGACGGGAGGGACGGGGACGUGAUCGAAUUGUGCCAAGUCAGUGACGUGAGGUCUGGAGGAGUGCCAAAGGAUUCAAAGCUAAGCUUCAACCUCCUCAACAAGCAUGGCGACAGCCUGGAGGACAAGUCGCUGACCAUCUGCAGCGGCACCGACUACAUCAACAUCAACUACCAACACGUGGUCUGCCCAGACGCAGCCACGGCGAAGGUAUGGUUGGAAGGCCUGAGGCGGAUUACCCACAAUGUAAAAGCCAACAACUUCUGUCCAAUGACCUGCCUGAAGAAGCAUUGGAUGCGUCUCUGCUUCCUCACUGACCCUCGAGGGAAGGUGCCAGUAAAAGUGGUGGCUCGGACCUUCGCCUCAGGCAAGACGGAGAAGCUGGUCUACCAGUGCCUGUCUGAACUCGGACUACCAGCAGGGAAGAACGAAGCGAUGGAGAAGGAAGCGUUCACGUUUGACAAGUUCUACGCUUUAUAUCACAAGAUCUGCCCGAGGAACGACAUUGAAGAACUGUUUCGAUCUAUCACACAAGGCAAAUCGGACCGCAUUAACCUGGACCAGUUCGUGAACUUCAUGAAUGAGAAGCAGCGGGACCCUCGACUCAACGAGAUCCUAUACCCUCUGUACGAUGAAAAGAGAGCGGCCGAGAUCAUCACCACGUACGAACAGAAUGAGGAGGCUAAGAACGACAAAUGCCUCACCAAAGACGGUCUGAUCCGCUACCUGAUGUCGGACGAGAACGCGCCAGUGUUCCUCGACAGACUAGACAACUAUAUGGACAUGGACCAGCCCUUGGCCCACUACUACAUCAAUUCCUCCCACAACACGUAUCUGUCGGGCAGGCAGUUCGGAGGCAAAAGCUCAGUGGAGAUGUACAGACAAGUCCUGCUGGCUGGGUGCAGGUGCGUAGAACUCGACUGCUGGGACGGCAAAGGUGAAGAUGAAGAGCCGAUCAUCACCCACGGCAUGGCUAUGUGCACAGACAUUCUGUUCAAAGACGUCAUCUACGCACUGAGAGACACCGCCUUCGUGACGUCAGACUACCCCGUCAUCCUGUCGUUCGAGAACCACUGCUGCAAGGCACAGCAGUACAAACUGGCCAAGUACUGCGAUGAGAUCCUGGGCGAUUUGCUGCUGAAGGAAGCGCUGCCUGAUCAUCCGCUGGAACCAGGAGUGCCGUUACCACCACCUUCUUUGCUGAAGCGAAAGAUCCUCAUCAAAAACAAACGGCUUAAGCCGGAGGUUGAGAAGCAGGAGUUGGAGCUGUUCCGACAGGGACAGUUCGUCAUCGAGGAUGAGGAAAAGGAAGAUGCGUCUGCUGUAGCCAUUCCAGAUAAAAAGCCCGAAGAAAUAGUAGCAGAAGCAGCGACCGCCGGCGACGACGCGCCGCCUCCAGUCGCGUACACCGGCUCCACCACCAACGUGCACCCCUGGCUGUCGUCCAUGGUCAACUACGCGCAGCCCAUCAAGUUCCAGGGCUUCGAGGAGGCGGAGAAAAAGAACAUCUACCACAACAUGUCCUCGUUCGCCGAGACCACCGGCAUGAACUACCUCAAGCAGCAAGCCAUCGACUUUGUCAAUUACAACAAGCGGCAGAUGUCCCGGAUCUACCCCAAGGGAACGCGCGCCGACUCUUCGAAUUACAUGCCUCAGGUGUUCUGGAACGCCGGCUGCCAGAUGGUGUCCCUGAACUUCCAGACGUCCGACCUGCCCAUGCAGCUCAACCAGGGCAAGUUCGAAUACAACGGAAAUUGCGGGUACCUGCUCAAGCCGGAUUUCAUGCGGCGCGCGGAUCGGUCUUUUGACCCUUUCGCUGAUGCGCCCGUGGACGGCGUAAUUGCUGCUCAGUGUUCUGUACAGGUCAUAGCGGGGCAGUUCUUGUCGGACAAGAAAAUCGGCACGUACGUAGAAGUGGAUAUGUACGGACUGCCCACCGACACCAUCCGCAAGGAGUUCCGUACACGCAUGGUGCCCGCCAACGGACUGAACCCUGUUUAUAAUGAAGAACCGUUCUUGUUCAGAAAGGUCGUACUCCCGGACUUGGCCGUGCUCCGUUUCGGGGUAUACGACGAGAACGGGAAACUUCUCGGGCAAAGGAUCCUGCCCCUGGACGGUUUACAGGCCGGCUACCGUCACAUCUCGCUCAGGACUGAAGCCAACUUCCCCAUGUCACUGCCUAUGCUGUUCUGCAACAUCGAGCUGAAGAUCUACGUCCCUGAUGGCUUUGAAGACUUCAUGGCUGCGCUGUCGGAUCCUCGCGCUUUCAUGGGGGCAGCCAAGGAAAGAACUGACAACAUGAAGCAGAUGGGAAUCGAGGAGAGCGGGCCCGAGAAGAAGGUGCAGAUUGAAGAGAAGAAGGAAGAGCCCCCGCUGGUGUUCGAACCCAUCACAGUGGAGUCUCUCCGCCAAGAGAAGGGCUUCGUCAAGACCGGCCGCAAGCAGCAGAAGGAAUUGGAAGCCAUGCGCAAGCGCCACACCAAAGAAAAGAUGGCGCUGCAGAAGCAGCAGUGCGCCGCGCUCGAGAAAAUGAUCAAGGGGAAGAACAAGGACCAGCUCAGCAACGACCCGACAUUCCGUAAGCUGGUCAACGAGCAGUCCACAGCGUGGAGCGAGCUGGUCGCAAAGCACCGAGUGGAGGAGUGGACCAGUGCCAGGAGCCGUCUGAAUGAACAGAGGGAUCUGCUGAAGAAGAUGAUGGAGACCACGCAACUGGCUCAGAUGAAACAGCUGGAGGGAAAGCAUGAAAGGGAGCUGAAAGACAUGAACGCCCGUCAGGCCAAGAUCAGCAUGGAGACGAGCAAGGAGGUGGCCAACGACAAGACCCUCAAAACUAAGCAGGAGAAGGACCGCCGCCUCAGGGAGAAGAAGCAGAACAACACCAAGAAGUUCAUGGACGAACGCAAGACCCAAACUAUCAAGCAGAACCGAGAGAAAGAAAAGCUGAAGGUGACCCAUGACAAACAGAUGGAGGAGCUGUCCAAGGAUAUUGACAACCUCAUCGAAAUGUACAAGAUGGAGGAGUCCGAGUUCGACAUGGCAAGUAAAACGGAGUUCUUUGCAUGAAAGUAUCCCGACAUAGCUCCGUUACUGGAGCAAAUGACUUGAGAAGUGAGUGCUAAGUGAUCUCUUCGACUAGGCUAAGGACAUCUCCCACUUUCGUACCAUAGACACCAAAGUUCCUUAUCUUAUAACUGCAGGCGGAAACCAAAUAAAGGUCAUAGUACACUUAUCGACUAGCAAAGGGGUCAACAACGCCUUUCGCCGCGCGGUCAACCGCGAGGCAAGAUAUUUACGAUACGGUACAGAUAAAUGUGCGUUGCAGUACGGAGUAGUUUCAUACAAACGCCUCGAGCUGAUACGGUUAUGAUCCGUAUCUGGGUUGAUAAGUGUGCUUCGUCCUUGAGUCUUCAAAGUUGUCAGCAUGCCAAAUUAUUAAUUCCAAAGUAUAUCGAUUGAAAACGUUCAAGUUCAGUUCUAGAUAAUUAUGGUUUAUCAAUUCAUAUAUUUCGAGACGUUAUAGUAGAUUUAAUUUGCAUGCAAAUGCAAAAGGUGUUACUGUACUGUUAGCACCAUAAGUUAAGAAACUGCUGGCUUGUCUCUCAAGAACUAACAUAGCCAAAAGUUUCGAAUGUAUGUCGUAUCGCCUUAUUUCCUUUAUAUUGUAACUGACUACAUUAGUUUUAAGACUGUUAGGUAUGUAAGAGCUAGAGGAAAUUAGUACAUUCAUACCUAUCUUAUAAUUAAGAAAAAUGUUAAAACACAUAACGUUUCAAAUUGCCAAAUGUUACACGUUUGACCAUGAAUCUCGUAGAUUACUAUUUUCAAGUUAAUGUAAGAGUAUUACUUGGAAUUUAAACAGCCAAGUAGUGGAGGAGAAAGAGGGCAGUCUACCUCGCCAUAAAAAUGGCCAAAUAACUUGGCUAAUUAUUACAUAUUAUUAGAUAAGUAUAUUACAUUUAAGAUCUGGGGGGCUGCAAUGCUCCCGUUCCUUACUCACGAAUAUAUUCGAAUGGCGGUUGAAGAAAAGUGCAGUAAGAAAAUAUUCUAUCCAUAUUUUUACCUAUGACUUCGUUCAUCGUUAACAUUAAUUAUUUUAUAUAAAAAAUAAGAGUACUCGAUUCCUUGUUAUAAAAUUAUUUCGGAAGUUAAUAUUAUUAUUUUUACUAUUAUUAAUAUAUUAACUAAAAAAUACAUUUGUAUCGAAUAAAUUGAAACGAGUAAAUUAUAAUAUUGAUAAAAAUUGUAUGUAAUAAAAUGUAAAGUGAUUGUUUCGGCCUUUGGAAAAAAUUUAAUAAGUAAAUUAAAUAAAGGUAAUCAUAAGCCUAUACCUAUAUCUUAAUAUUUUUAAUAAUUUAAUGUAACUAAUAUUUCGUUCUUUUUACGGGUUAUAUAAAUGUUCUUUCAUUUUAAUAACUUGUUUAAACAGUGAAUCUAGUCUCUUCUUAUCUAUCUUAGUAUAUUUUCUAUGUCAUUAAAUACUAAACUAAGAUAUAAAAACUUACAUGGUGUAAUAAAUUAUUACAUAAUAAGUAUUCUUUUAUGAUUUUUUCAUGAUCAAUUUUUUGUUAGUGUUUUAACCAAUUUAUAUUAUUUAAAUCUUUUCUGUUUAACCAAAGUUGUCAUUAAUAUGACAUGGGAACAAUUAUGCAAUUUUAAGUUAUAAUAAUCUCCAUUGAAACUCAAUCUAUAUCUAUUAACUAAUUAUUAAUAGUUUGUGUAAAUGAAAGAUGAUUAAAAAUUGUCAUUCCAUUUCAUUUUUAUAUGUGCAUCUUGUUGUUAGUGGACCAAACUUUCCUAUUUCAAAUUGUAAUUUCAUAAAUAAUAGCUAGAUUCUUAUAAUUCAUUAUCACUCUAAUAAUUAUUAUGAUUAUUAAUUUAUAAUAAAGUAAGCUGAUUGUACCUAUUAAUAGUUGUUAUUGCAAAUUUCAAAUAACCUGUUGUCUGAAUAAUAUAAAUUCAUAUUAUUAUCUAAUCAUUUAUGUAGAAAUAAUGAUUUCCAUAUUUUAUAUUGUAUUAUGUAAGUAUCUGACUCUUUUCAAGUCAAUAUUGGGUUUAAUUAAUUUGGGUAAAAUUAUUAUUCUAUAGUAGGUAGAUAAUAUUUUGAUUGUAAUAUAAUCGUUAUGGUGGCAGCGCUACCAUUCAAUUAAAUGGUAAGUGGAUUAAUAUUAAGAGAAAAUAUUGUAAUGUUUUAUUUAUUUAAAGCAGGUGCCUUAUGCACCUUGGAAUUAAUAAAAAUCUAGUCAAUUUCAUCAUAGAAUUUAUUUUUGGAAAAAAUUAAAAAGAAAUGUGACGGUACGAAAUCAAGUACAGUAUUAGCGGAAAGUAGAUAAUUUAUUUUUACUUAAUCCUUACUUCUGAUUGUGCCUUAUGAAGGCACAUCACUUAAUAAUAUUGUCUGGCAAAAAAUAUCAUUCAAAAAUAUUAUUAUUCAAAUUUAUUUAUCAAAAACGAUUAUUAUAAAGAACUUUAAUCUAUUAUAGUAAGUUAGUGAGCAAUGACUGCUCUUAGAAUUAAAAAAAGAUAGUGAGAAUAAAUAUAAGUGUUUCUUAAUGUUUAUGAUUAUAUUUCAAAAUCUAUAUUAUUGAAUGGUAUGUUAAAAAAAUUAUUGGAAUUGCACUUAUUGACUUUGGAUAGUAAAGUUAUUCACUGUUAUAAUAAAUUUAUAUUCAAAUAAUUAUGUUGAAAUUAUAACGAAAUUACUGGAUUAGUUAAGUUUUUUGGAAUUGUGAUAAUAAAACAUGUUAAUCAAUUUGGCCUAUUGCAUAUGUAUGAAUUAAGUUUAUUAAAAUUUAAUUUACCUACAUAAUAAUAUGUAAAUUAUAUUUUAUUUAAGCAAAAUAAUAAUUUCUUUGAAUAGUUUAUUCCUCAUAGAUUGUUAGUAAUUUGUUUUGAUUUGUAUUAGCACAGUUAGCACAUAAAUUUGUCUUGAUAUGGCACAUUUCAAAAAUGAAUGUAAUCAGCACUAAUAUGUAUUUUGAAAUUUAAAUUGCAUACUGUUAUCAACCGUUUAGAAUAAGAAGAAUGAAAGAAGUAAAGCAUAUAUUCUAAACUCAUUAUAUUGACAUAUUUAGACUCAUUGCUCUAAUGAAAUCAAUGGAAUUUGGUAUGGAAUAUUAGUAAGCAGUACUUAAAACCAAAUUUCAUGGUUUGCUAGUUACCUAACAUAGUGAAACACAUGUAAUCCAAAGAUUUGUUUAUUGAUUAAAGUACAAUAACUAAAUUAUAACAUUUUAAAUAUA